AUGGCGAACGGCGGUCAACAAGAGGGUGGUGGUCCAAGUAAGAAGACAUCUGGUCAGGGUUCUGAGACGCGGAGGACGACGGAGGUUGCCGAAAUCACCAACUUGGCUAUGAAGCUGCACUCGGAGAUGCAGCUACACUACCCCCAUCUGGCUGAAGAUGUCGCUCAUCUCAAGAAGCUGAGUGAGGACCUCAGUGGAUUGCAGCAAGGAGAAACUGCAGCAGCUCUGCCCAACCAGAUGAUUCAGAUUGGAACAGAUCUGGACUGGCUCGCAUUGUCGACGUGCAUCCUCAAAGGACGUCCUUUUUGGUCCGUGAAUUGGUUAUCUACGUCAAAGUGGAACAUAGACCCAGCCAAGGAAGAAAUCAAUCUGGAGGUGCGCGACAAUGUCACGGUCGACAGGUUGGCACAGCGUGUUCCUCGUGACCAUCCCCGCUACCACCUGUUCCUCUUCCCCCACAAGCAUCAGGGCGAGAAAUUCAAGAGCAUUGUGUUCAUCUACUCCAUCGCCGGCAGCGAGUGCCCCAUCAAGGAACGCAUGCUCUACUCCAGCUGCAAGCUCCCCCUGGUGGACACCAUCGAGACGCAGGUUGGCGUGCCCAUCACCAAGAAGGUGGAAAUCGAUGACCCGAGUGAGCUGAAUGAGGCCUUCCUGAUCGACCAGCUGCACCCAAAGCAGAACAUCUGCAAGCAAAAAUUUGCCAAGCCCAAGGGACCGGCCAACCGUGGUGCUCGACGCCUCAUCCGGACUACUGAUCCCGAAAAUUGACGCCCAUGGAGCUGCCCGUUAUUUAGGCCCCUGUUUUCCGUCUGCCUGGCAUUGUGACCAGGUGGUGUGGCCUCGGUGCGGCGGUGUUGUGAGAAGGACAGGCAGUGCAGCUGCUGAACGUCAUCCCUGGUGCAAGAGCAUAGGCACGCGCAUUCUGCUCUGGCUGGCGCACGAGCGUGCAGUUUGUGUCUUCCUUGGUGAAUGCGAAUGCAGCACUGCUGCUGUCACACUAUGCAAUGUUUGCCCCUUGAUGAAGGUGGUUAGCUUAACCAGCCAUCUCACGACAGUGCCUGGCUUAGUACAGUGAAAUCUGGUGUUUAGCUGAUCAAGCACAUUCGGUAAAGAGGAAUGAGUGGACACAGCCUUACAGCCUUUUUGAGUUUAUCUUGGUUAUCUGCCUCAAUUGAGUGAGGCUGCUGAAGAAGCGAGCCAGUCACUGAAGUCAUUUCCCUCAUAUUUCUUGGUGGAUUGUGUGGUCAGGCAGUAUUCAGGCAGUUUGAAAGGGUUUGGUGUCUGUUGUCCUCUCUCAAGGCAAUCUUCCUCAUAGCACUUAAUACUUAAAAGAUGUGCUGCUACAUCUACCGUUGCAGUUGAGACAGCCUUAAGCUGGUGCUAAAAAGGUGAAGUUCCCAAUACACCUCUGUACAAUGGCAAAGAUACCUGAGAAAUUGAAUUGGGAGAAUGGCUUUUGUCGCUGGUAAGUUCAUGGAGUGUUGCACGUGACAUGCAUGCUUGCACUUGCAAGGCAUACCAGAAGUGUUUUAUUUAUUUUGGAAAAGAAACAGUAAUGAUUCUGUAAUUACAACAUCGUAAUUCCUCUAUGAUUUCUAUGGUUUCAGUGAUCGUUGGCCACAUUUUUAUAUGUGUGUCAUAUGGUCCUUGUUUGCUCUCCUUUUUAAUCAGACCUGUGAAAAUAGGCGUACUUGAAUUUUUUAGAGAUCUUUAUUUUCAUUUUCUUUAUCGCACUAGAGCUUGACAUGCAUACAGGUUAAUUACAUUUCUUGCUGAUUAAGAUGCAGAAAACGUGUGAUUGCUGAUGCUUGUGUUUGCACGAGAGUGUUGGCCCCCUGGCAGGGUAGUUUUUGAUGCGGUCUGGCAAACACUAGAGUGUGAAGGUGUGGUGUCUGAUUUCUCUGCAAGAUUUCUAACUCUUACACUGAGAUAUUGUGGCACACUUUGUGUCUUGCAUAUGUGCGUGCAUCAUCAGUGCACGCAAUAGUAUCUGCUGAGCACUUUUGCAUGCCUUGGCCUGUCUUGCGAGAGCAAGAGUUGAGGUAGGGACAGUCGCCUGGCAAAAGAUGCUGCACUUGAUUAAACCAAAAUGUGUUUUCUUGCAUCAUAGGUUUGCUGCUCUUAAGAUGCCUUUGUCAUCAGCUAUUGUAGCAUAUUCUAUAAAGAAAAUGGAAAUGAAAAAAAAAAACACUACUACAGCGUUGUUCACUUGUACCUUUGGUGUCUGCCUCAAUUGAAUGAAGCUACUGAAAAAGCGA